GAUGACUUUGCAAAAAUUCUGAAUGACGGUGUACAUCGCUGACACUCCGGGGAUCAUCGAGAGUGGUUGUGUUCGAAGAACUUUUGUUACGUUCUUGUAAAAGCAAAUCUUUGGAUAUUUUGAGGCAAUGGCUAAAAAAGUAGCUGUGGUUACAGGCGCUAACAAAGGCAUAGGUUUCGCUAUUGUGAAGGGUCUGUGUGAAGCUGGCUAUGCUGGGGAUAUUAUUCUUACUGCACGAAAUGAGAAGCUAGGAAGAGAGGCAGUGGAACCGUUGAAAUCUAAAGGGUCUAACGUGCUUUUCCAUCGCCUUGACAUUACGGAGGAAAGCAGUGCCCAUGAGCUUAAAAAGUUUUUGGAGAGCAAUUACGGUGGACUUGACCUUCUUAUCAACAAUGCAGGAAUUGCUUUUAAAGUUGCUGCAACCGAACCAUUUAGUGAGCAGGCAGAGGUGACCAUGCGCACCAACUUUUUGGGGACCCUGCACGUGAGCCAUGCGCUGUUCCCCCUGCUCCGUCCACACGCCCGGGUGGUCAAUGUCUCCAGCUUUGUCAGCAAGCGGUCUCUGGACCAGUGCAGCCCGGAGUUACAGGCCAAGUUUCGUAAUCCCAGUUUGUCAGAAGAGGAGCUGUGUUCUUUGAUGAAGGAUUUUGUCGACGCUGCAAAGCGUGGAGACCAUCGGGCUCUGGGCUGGCCCAACACAGCGUACGGAACCUCCAAGAUCGGGGUGACGGCGCUGUCCAGGAUCCAGGCUCGCGUGCUGUCUGAGACGAGACCCGGCGAUGGCAUUCUGGUGAACGCCUGCUGUCCGGGCUGGGUCCGAACAGACAUGGCCGGCCCAAAAGCUCCCAAAAGUCCAGAGGAAGGAGCAGAGACGCCCAUAUAUUUGGCUCUCUUACCCGAGGGCAGCACGCAGCCACAUGGACAGUUUGUCUCAGACAAAACUGUUCAGGUGUGGUAGAUGUUUUAUUUCAUUUGUAUUUCUUUACAGGAUUUGUACGGUAAAUGGUCCCUCACCAUGUUGAAAACCAGGACCAUUUUUGCACGUGUUACAGCCGCAGAUUCACUGAGAUUCUGUCAGAACAUUAAACUAAAUGUUCUAAAUGAGGUAUGAGAGUAGCAUCAUCUCCUCUGUGUUACGUCAGGGCUGCUUAUCGGUGGGCUGACAAGUUCACUAUGUCUGAUUUUACCUUUUAGCUGUAGUGGCUGAAAUGAACAUUUAUGCUAGGGUACCACGUAUUUGCCAUGUAAUUUAAAACCAGGGAGAAACCACUGGUUUUAGGGGGCAAACAUAUUCACCGUAAAACUCCAAAUUCAUUCCAUCACUGUUCUUUUUUUUAAAAAUACAUUGUAAUGCUUCACUUUUCAUGUUGUUUACAUAAUAGCCCUUAUUUUACAUAACCUGUGCUGAAAGUUUCCUUUUUUCAUAUACAUAUGUACUUUCAUAAAUACUGACCAAUAAAUUACUCGCAGCUGAAA